AUGACUGACAUACAGGGAAAGCCCAAAAUAAUCGUUGGUAUCGAUUAUGGAACCACAUAUAGUGGGGUGGCUUGGGCACUCCAAGACAGCUCCUCCGAUGUGGAGGUGAUCGAAAAGUGGCCCGGUGGGGGAAAUGCUACCUCACAGAAGGUUCCUUCAGUUCUCGUCUACAAAGAUAAGAACCUUCACUGGGGCUAUCAAGUGAACAAUGCACCCGAAGCAAUCCAUGGCGUCAAGCUCUUGCUAGACGAUCAAAAAAGAUACUUCUUCAGCCCAUCUAUCACUGCUGCUGAGGCUCUUAAGUACAUGGGCAAGGACGCGAUCGGUGCAGCCGGUGACUACGUUCAGAAACUUGUGGAUCACUCCAAGAGCGUUCUGCAUCACCGAUUUGGGUCUGCCCUUGAAGGUAUUGAUCUGCAAUUCUUCAUGACUGUGCCGGCUAUCUGGUCCGACAAAGCCAAGGAUGCCACGAUGCAAAUCGCUUGUCGAGCUGGUAUCGCUCAGAAAGACUUGUAUCUCAUUUCAGAGCCCGAGGCAGCUGCAGUCUACGCCAUACAGACAAUUCAGCCAAACAACUUGACCAGAGACGACUGUAUAAUCGUGUGCGACGCUGGAGGAGGAACUGUGGACCUGAUUACGUAUCGUAUCACACAGACUGACCCUCUCAGACUCGUGGAGGUCACUGAAGGAACAGGUGAUGUUUGUGGCUCCAUGGCCUUGGACCAUUACUUUGAAACUUUCAUUCGCCAAAAGAUCGGUGAAUCUAAGUACAGUCGUCUUUCCGACAAGGCAAAGUGGAUUGCCAUGAGCCGAUGGCGAGACUAUAUAAAGCCUAACUUCGAGGGGCCUGAUGAGAUCGACGAUUUUGUUGAUGUUGGGUAUGGUACUAUUCCUAUCCCUGGAGCAUCUGAUGAUCUAGAAGCCGGUCUACAGAAUGGAGUCCUGAAUAUCAAGAGCCAUGAAGUGGAAGGCAUCUUCCAACCCGUGGUUAAACGAGUCCAGGAGCUCAUCACGGAGCAACAAAUGGAGGUAGAGAAAUCUGGAAAUCUCCUGAAGGCAAUCAUUCUGGUCGGCGGUCUGGGUGCCUCGGCUUACCUACGAGAGCAAGUCAAGGAGAUUUUUGACGAGGUUCAGGUUUUGCAACCCCAGAAUGCAUGGUCUGCGAUUGUGCGUUGCAAAUCUUCGUAUUAUGAAUCUGUUCAUUCUGAUCGAGAGAAGUUUUGGGACCCUCUCGAGGAGAAGUGGGUGGUUGACGGAUGGAUGCAAUGGUUUAUUGGCAAGGGCGAUGAUAUUGCCGAGAACAAGCCUAUUAAAUUGACCUUUUAUCGCACCGUGGGUUUCGGGGCCGCGAUUCGCAAAUCAUACCGUUUCGAAGACGAACUGAAAUUCUGCUUGGCUGAAGAUGCACCCCGUUACUGCAAUUCUAGGGUCUCGACGCUGUGCCGCCUCGAAUCAGACCUGUCCCGAAUUCCAAAGGAGCUUUUCGAGAUACGAGAAAAUUCCAAAGGUAUAAAAUACUACUAUAUCGAGUAUGAGUUGAAGCUUACCCCCCAAUUGGCGUCACUGCUAUUUGAGCUGGAAUUCAACGGAGUAUCAUACGGCACUGUGAGAUCAAAAUACUGA